AUGGUCUCCUUCAACUGCGAAGCCUGCAACGACGCCGUCAAGAAGCCCAAGCUGGAGCAGCACUACGCGCGCUGCUGGGCGCCCUUCACCUGCCUCGACUGCAGCGUGCAGUUCGGCAGCAGUGCCGAGUGGAAGGGACACACGAGCUGCAUCAGCGAGGCUCAGAAGUACGAGCGCAGGUGCGUCAGAGGA